GGCGCGGGCGCGCCGCGCGUCCGGGGCUCAGUAUGUGGCGCGUUCCUCGCCAGCUGUGCGUGCACUUUGCACGGGGAAGCAGGCUCUCUGGUCCUUGGAAUAGGCCUGCCGCCUUCAUGUCUACUUUGCUCAUCAAUCAGGCCCAGUACGCUUGGCUGAAGGAGCUUGGGCUCCGCGAGGAAAACGAGGGCGUAUACAAUGGAAGCUGGGGAGGCCGGGGAGAGGUUAUCACCACCUAUUGUCCUGCUAACAAUGAACCGAUAGCAAGAGUCCGACAGGCUAGCGUGGCCGACUAUGAAGAAACGGUGAAGAAAGCAAGGGAAGCAUGGAGAGUCUGGGCAGAGGUUCCUGCUCCGAAGCGAGGAGAAAUAGUAAGACAGAUUGGGGAUGCUUUGCGGGAGAAGAUCCAAAUACUAGGAAGUUUGGUGUCUCUGGAGAUGGGGAAAAUCUUAGUGGAAGGUGUGGGAGAAGUUCAAGAGUACGUGGAUAUUUGUGAUUAUGCUGUUGGCUUAUCGCGGAUGAUUGGUGGACCCAUCUUGCCUUCUGAAAGACCUGGCCACGCCCUCAUUGAACAGUGGAAUCCUGUAGGCCUGGUUGGGAUCAUCACUGCGUUCAACUUCCCUGUGGCAGUAUAUGGCUGGAACAAUGCCAUCGCAAUGAUCUGUGGGAAUGUCUGCCUUUGGAAAGGAGCUCCAACAACUUCGCUCAUUAGUGUAGCUGUCACAAAAAUAAUAGCCAAGGUUCUGGAGGAUAACCAGCUGCCUGGUGCGAUCUGUUCCUUGACUUGCGGUGGAGCGGACAUCGGCACAGCAAUGGCCAAAGAUGAGCGGGUGAACCUGCUGUCCUUCACCGGGAGCACACAGGUGGGAAAGCAGGUGGCCCUUAUGGUGCAGGAGAGGUUUGGGAGAAGUUUGUUAGAACUUGGAGGAAACAAUGCCAUUAUUGCCUUUGAAGAUGCAGACCUCAGCUUAGUCGUUCCAUCAGCCCUCUUUGCUGCUGUGGGGACAGCUGGCCAGAGAUGUACCACUGCGAGGCGCCUGUUUUUACACGAAAGCAUCCAUGAUGAAGUUGUAAAUAGACUUAAAAAGGCCUAUGCACAAAUCCGUGUGGGGAACCCAUGGGACUCUAAUGUUCUCUAUGGGCCACUCCACACCAAACAGGCUGUGAGCAUGUUUCUGGGAGCAGUGGAGGAAGCAAAGAAAGAAGGUGGCACCGUGGUCUAUGGUGGCAAGGUCAUGGAUCGCCCUGGCAAUUACGUAGAACCGACAAUUGUGACAGGUCUGGCCCACAACGCGUCCAUUGCACACACAGAGACGUUUGCUCCGAUUCUUUAUGUCUUUAAAUUCAAGAAUGAAGAGGAAGUCUUCGCCUGGAAUAACGAAGUAAAACAGGGACUUUCCAGUAGCAUCUUUACCAAGGAUUUGGGCAGAAUCUUCCGCUGGCUUGGACCGAAAGGAUCAGACUGUGGGAUUGUGAACGUCAACAUCCCCACAAGCGGGGCUGAGAUCGGAGGUGCAUUUGGAGGAGAAAAGCACACUGGAGGUGGCCGGGAGUCCGGUAGCGAUGCCUGGAAACAGUACAUGAGAAGAUCCACUUGUACCAUCAACUACAGUAAGGACCUUCCUCUGGCUCAAGGAAUCAAGUUUCAGUAAAGGUUUUUAAGGAGGCUGUCCAUCCUCCCAUGUAUCUGCCAAUAAGUUACAUGCUCAGAAUAAAUUUUGAUACCUGAUUUGGCCAGCAGGAUACCUGUGAAACUAGCUUCUGUGUUCUCUUGAUGUGUUCUCAUUCUUCUUCAGUCCCUGCCUUCCUUUUUGAAGCAAGAUGUUCUGGGUGGUUCUUGUAGUUACCUGCCCCAGCCCUGGAAUCAGCCAUUUUCUCAAGCCAUUUAGUCAAGAAUCCUAUUUAGAAGCCAAGACGUAUCAACAUGAAGAUUUCAGUGCUGUCAGAUCCUCACAGUGGACAGAGUUGGGAAAUACAUGGACGUACAACCUUUCUACAUCUGGACAACCAUGUGGUCACAUCAGAACUUCACAAAUCCAGUCCAACAUCACAGUGCUUGUUCAGUUUUCGCCCUUCCAGGAUUUGCUGCUUUUGUCUCUGAUAGUUAGAGACGUGCUUCCUAGGACCCUCGAUCCUUGUUCUGGUUGAUUUCACCAAUCCUCUCUUCCCCCAAGGACACCCUGCUCACCUCAUCCUGGUUCUCAGGAUGCUGGACUUGCCCUCACCAUGGACGUCUUCCUCACCCAGCUCAGCCUGAGACACCUACCCACAGCUACCUCCCACAUGAGGACAUCCUUCUUACCCAUCGAAUGGCUUUAGGAUUGCACUGUUGAGGAAGAGAGACAAAGAGGACCUGACCUCUUCUUAAAUGUGCAGUUUCAAUUCUAAUUCCAAAUGGUAUUUAGGUGCCCCCCACCCUGCCUGGGGCUUCAGCUGGACGAACAGGGAGGUAAGCUCUGGAAGCAGAAGGUCCAUGUCUAGGGCAAGUCUGUUUCUAGUGGGGUGAAGGCUCUGAGGAAUCCCUUGAUCUCUGGCCCUAACUCUUGCGUGUGAAGUGAACAGGCUGGAAAAUAGUGCCUGUGGGCCAGAAUUGGCCCAGUGCCUGUUUUGUUUGGAAUUUAGCUUUUAUAAAACUCAAAUUAAAAUUUUUUGAAAACAUAGGUGAUGUACUCUAAUUCACCGUGGUUGGCCACAACCGUGAUCUUACCUAGCUUCAUACGUUUUCUUCCCUCCCAGAGGCUCAGUGGCUUUAUUCUUUCAGCCCUGAUGAAUUAGGCAUACUUCAAAAAGCCCUUGGCUAAGCACAGGUUUUCCACCAAGAGUGAGAAGUUUACCUAGACUUAAGUCGGGACCCUGGCAUUAUUAAGGAUGUUAUUUUAGCUGCUUGAACAGAGACUGCAGAGAAGAAAGGCUAAACAGAAUAGUUUUCUCUGAUUUAAGAGUUCAAAUGUAAAUAGUCCAGGUCCAGGGUCCAGGCCUUAGACUUCUUUGUUGUUCUGCGUAGUGAAAGGUGGGUCAUUGCCACGUCACAUUUCAGCUCGUUAGGGUAAGGAAGGCUCUCUUCCUUUGAAGCGUGUGACCCAGAAACUGCACAUGUCCUCUCCACUCACAUUACAGAAGUAGAACUUAAUCACACAGCAGACACAACCAAUGAGAGGUUGAGAAACCUUUAAUUCCUUUUUUUUUUCCCUUUAAGUAAUCACUAUGCUUUAACUCACCACCCUGAGAUCAAAGGUUGCAUGCUCUACUGACUCAGACAGCCAGGUGCCCCCAGACCUUUAUUCUUGGGACCCAGAUAGCCAGCCAGUCAAAACGUGGGUAUGGCAUUAUGUUGAGAGGACAGAAGGGAUAUUGGAAAAUUACGCCUUCCAACUCCGUGUUUAUUAAAAGACUCCCCUCUGCUUACUGUC